GCAGAGAGCCGGGCUCCGGCAGAUGCGAGCAACGCCUGGGAGCCCCGCAGCAGCACGCCGGGCCGCCUGGAGCCCCGCGAUGGAGAUGGCAGAGGCGGAAUUGCACAAGGAAAGGCUGCAAGCCAUAGCAGAAAAAAGGAAGAGGCAGACUGAAAUAGAAGGCAAACGGCAAGAGCUUGACGAGCAGAUACUUCUGCUGCAGCAUUGCAAGUCCAAAGUGCUUCGGGAAAAAUGGCUGCUGCAGGGUAUUCCAGCGGGAAAUGCCGAAGAGGAGGAAGCCAGGAGGCGGCAGUCUGAGGAAGAUGAGUUCAGAGUCAAACAACUUGAAGAUAACAUUCAGAGGCUGGAGCAGGAAAUACAGGCUCUAGAAAGUGAAGAGUCGCAGAUAUCUGCCAAAGAGCAAAUCAUCCUAGAGAAACUAAAGGAGACGGAAAAAUCCUUCAAGGACUUUCAGAAGAGCUUCUCCAAUACGGAUGGAGAAGCCUCCCCAGCUUUCCGAGGAUGAUAUCCGGCUGAAAAACGAGAGAGACAACUGUAGUGCCAAUCCCCUGGAUCCUGCGAUCAGUUCUCUUCCGCCAGAUCACAAAAACAUGGAAAUUGAGGUCUCCGUUGCAGAAUGUAAAAGUGUUCCUGGCAUCACCUCUGCUCCACAUUCCAUGGACCACGCUUCCCCUUUCUACUCACCCCCCCACAACGGCCUCCUCGCUGACCACCAUGAAUCUCUGGAUAAUGACGUGGCCAGAGAGAUUCGAUAUCUAGACGAGGUGCUGGAAGCCAACUGCUGUGAUUCUGCUGUGGACGGAACUUACAACGGCACAUCCUCCCCAGAGCCUGGAGCAGCCAUUCUGGUAGGCAACCUGAGCCCACCUGCCCACCCAGCCGUCCAGCUGGAACCCACUGAGAGAGCGGCCAGCAGGCAGGCGCCUCCCCACCUUGAGCUCACUAAAAGCAACUCUGACACCAUGGCAGAGGGUGAAAGAGUGAACGGCCACUCCCUUGACCAGCCUAGAGAUCUGCUGGGGGACAGCCUGCAGGUACCCGUGAGCCCCAGUUCCUCCACCAGCUCAUGGUGUUCGUCCCGAGAUGGGGAGUUCACGCUCACCACACUGAAGAAGGAAGCCAAGUUUGAGCUGCGUGCCUUCCAUGAGGACAAGAAGCCUUCCAAGCUCUUUGAGGAUGACGAGAAUGAGAAAGAGCAAUACUGUGUCCGGAAAGUGAGGCCUUCCGAAGAGAUACUGGAGCUGGAAAAGGAGAGGAGGGAACUCAUACGGAGUCAAGCUAUGAAAAAGAAUCCUGGCAUCGCGGCAAAAUGGUGGAAUCCUCCCCAGGAAAAAACCAUCGAGGAGCAGCUGGACGAGGAACACCUAGAGUCGCACAAAAAGUACAAGGAGCGCAAGGAGAGACGGGCACAGCAAGAGCAGUUGCUGAUGCAGCAGCAGCAGCAGCAGCCCCCACCCCAGCUCUGCACAGUCCCUGCCUCCUCUCGGGAACCGCCCAGCAUGACCGAAAAUGCAAAGCAGGACGUCGUCACAGACCAGAUAGAUUUCUCUGCUGCCCGCAAACAGUUUCAGCUGAUGGAGAAUUCCAGGCAAACAGUGGCCAAGGGGCAGAGUACACCCAGGCUCUUCUCUAUCAAGCCCUUCUAUAGACCCCUGGGUUCAAUCAACUCAGACAAGCCACUGAUCAUGUCGAGACCAGCUUCCAUUGUGGGUCCUCCGGAAGACAGUGGUGCAUCAGCAGCCAAGGGGCAGAAAGCCCACUGCACCCUGGAAAGCCAGCCUCCGGGAGGAGGCCAGGGCGGUGCGGCUCCUCAGGGGAGGGAAGGGCUCUACAGUGAGCCCCCCAAACGUGGGCCCUUGUCCAAACUGUGGGCAGAGGACGGAGAGUUUACAAGUGCACGGGCCAUCCUCACCGUGGUCAAGGAUGACGACCCUGGGAUUUUGGAUCAGUUUUCAAAAUCAGUCAAUGUCUCCUUGACCCAAGAGGAGCUUGACUCUGGUUUGGAUGAAUUGUCAGUGAGGUCCCAGGAUACCACUGUCCUGGAGACCCUGUCCAAUGAUUUUAGCAUGGACAACAUCAGUGACAGCGGGGCCUCCAAUGAGACAGCCAACGCCCUCCAGGAAAAUUCACUGGCUGAUUUUUCUCUGCCCCAGACUCCCCAAACUGACAACCCUUCAGAAGGCCGAGGAGAAGGGGUCUCCAAGUCAUUUAGUGAUCAUGGUUUCUAUUCCCCUUCGUCCAUGCUGGGAGACUCUCCGUCAGUUGAUGACCCCUUGGAAUAUCAGGCUGGUCUCCUGGUGCAGAAUGCCAUUCAACAAGCCAUAGCCGAGCAAGUGGAUAGAGCUGUGCCUGAAACCAACAAGUGCGGACCAGAACAGCAGGGACCGGAAGCAACACCAGAGGAAGGUGGAACUGGGGCUCCCAGCUCAGAGAAGUCUCAGAGCAUGUUUGAGCCACCUCAGGUGUCCUCUCCUGUUCACGAGAAAAGGGAUGUGUUACCAAAGAUUCUGCCUGCUGAACACAAGGCGCUCAGGGAACGGGGACCCUCCCCACCACUGCCAGCAAUACAGCCCAGUGGCCCAAUAAACAUGGAGGAGACCAGACCAGAAGGGAGCUAUUUUAGCAAGUACUCGGAGGCAGCUGAGCUGAGAAGCACGGCCUCGCUCCUGGCCACCCAAGAAUCUGAUGUGAUGGUUGGGCCUUUCAAGCUGAGGUCAAGGAAGCAGCGGACUUUGUCCAUGAUCGAAGAAGAGAUCCGAGCAGCCCAGGAAAGGGAAGAGGAGCUGAAGAGGCAGAGACAAGUCUUGCAGAGUACCCAGAGUUCCAGGGCAAAGAAGGCCUCAUCGCUGCCCUCCCGAACAUUAUGCUACAAAACUGCUCCGGGGAAAAUAGAGAAAGUCAGACCUCCUCCAUCCCCCACACCUGAAGGCCCCAGCUUGCAGCCUGACUUAGCCCCUGAAGAGGCUGCCGGAUCCCAGCGGCCCAAGAAUCUGAUGCAGACCCUCAUGGAAGACUAUGAGACACACAAAUCUAAAAGGCGCGAGAGAAUGGAUGAUAGUAGUUACACCUCUAAGUUACUGUCUUGCAAGGUGACUUCCGAGGUCCUUGAGGCUACACGUGUUAAUCGAAGAAAGAGUGCGCUGGCCUUGCGCUGGGAGGCGGGGAUCUAUGCCAACCAGGAGGAAGAGGACAAUGAAUAAUAAACUUCCUCCAUCCAGGAAGCUUCACUGGUGCUUGGGUUACCAAGAAACCAAGCAAUUAACACAUCAAAGCAUUUUAAUGGGAUAUUUAUUAAAGUGCAAACAAACUCAGCAAUCCUUAUGUAGACCAGAAGCUGCAAUAGACAAUGGCGAAAAAUAAAGUGAAAAGACCAUCCAUCAAACUCUUAACACCCAGGAGUCAACAGAGAAAGGAAUUUUUGUGACUCAAAGACUCUCCUAGAUUUGGACCAAUCUAUAACGGAUCCACAAGGACAAAGAAGUUAUAAGCAAGUCAACAUGGUUGCUGCAGGCAGAACUGAGACUGACCUUGGGUGGUGAGAACAAAUAUGAUGGGGCCAUUUAGAGAGCAAUAGAGCCCAAGCUGGUGCAAUCUCCACGACAUAGGAUAUUUGUCUGCACCGAUUUCCCACCCAUCCCAGCAUCAGAGGUGUUGGGUUAACAUUAUUUACUUCUGCAGCCAUAAAACGAAUACGGUUUCUCUCCAGAUUUGCCGAGAAGAGGCAAUUAUGAUUCCAUUUCUCUUACAUUUAAUUGUUUUUAAUUGGGAGCAAUGAAUGAUUGCAAUACACAAAAAUCCAUAUUUUUAAGACAAUGUUUCUUCAUGUUGCAAACACAAUCUAUCUACAUUAGGAGGUUGAGAAAGGGGGAGAAAGCCAAACCAAAUGGAUCAUUUUAGCUUUAGGAUUUCAUCUGCUUAUAAUAUUGACUGAUCUGUAGUUUAUGAGAACUCAUUUUCACAAUUAUGUUUCUUCACAUGAAAACUAUAUUUAGUGGGCAACAACUAUUUUUAUGAUGGGAUGGGGGAAUAUAUACAUGUAUAAAACCUGUAUACAUUGAACAGCCUGGUUCAAGAGGGUAGGGGUAUUUUUAGAGUGGCAAUAAUCGAAAAAAGGGCGAACUCUGCCUUAGAGAGACAGAUGACAAGAAAUAAAAAGGGGUUUAUAUUUUAUAUUAUAAAGUGGACCUUAGGGGUGGUAGGAAGAAAGAGAUUAUUUUGGGUCAAUCAGAAAUGAAACAUGAAAGAAAGGUCAUGAAGGUAGAAAGAGAUGAAGGGAGGGAGAAAGAGUAGGAAAAUAAGGAAGUAAGAGAUAUUUUUGCUGAGCAAUCAGUGUUUUUCAGGAUCAUACAGAGAAAAAUAUAGAAUAGAAAUUUAAGUGCAGGCCUGGGAUCAGCUACAAAUCCUAAAGAUGGUGUAUGUGUGUGUGUGUGUGUGUGUGUAUGUGUGUACGUACACAUCCUUUGUGUGUUUGUGUAUGUGCAUGAGUAAGGGUGUGUGUGUGUGUGUGUGUGUGUGUGUGCACGUGUGUGGCUGUGGAUUAAAAUUCCAGAAUGAUCAUGGGACAAGAAUGUACAGUUAUUUCCUCCAAAGCUGUUAGCCAGCGUCAGGAGUGAGUGAGAAUUUCUUUUUUAUGAAAAGGGAUAUAGAGGCACCGAGCUGAUGCAGUAUUUGUAAUAUUAAAUUGACCUAACAUGGUGUUUGCAUGAGUCACAAUUGCAGAGUUUUGAGCAGUUUUGUAACUUGACACUUAGGAAGGUAUCAUAUUUAUUCUCAUGCUUUGUAUUCAUGCUUAUUAUAUACUGUAGAGGAUGCCAGCUUUACUCUUUCUGUCAUUUAAAGCAAUAUGAUAAGGGUACUCAAUAAUUGGGUGCCCUAAAUUUCUAGAUGAGAAACAUUUCGAUUCUGGCCAUGAGAGAAAAAAACUGACCAGCUUUUUAAAAUUUUGUUUUGUUUUAAAACUGGGUUUUUUUGUUUGUUUUUUUAAAAAGCAAUAAUUAAGUCAGACCUCACUAAAAUCCAUUUUUGUUUUUAUAUUGUUGUGUCAUAAGCUCUAAUAUGUUAUUCUGACAAGUAGCAAUUCCACAAAAUUUGUAUGUAGAUGUUAUGCACAUUAUCUUUUAUUAGACUAGUGUUGACUUUAGGGGAAAGUUAUUCACAGACAAGUGGUGGGCACAAAGUAAAAAUAGAACUGUCUGAUAAUUUAUAAGGAUCCUUUAACACUGCUAAGGGAACCUGCUACUUGAAGCCAGAUCCUACAGAAGGGCAGUUGGUGCCAUCUUUAUAUAUGGUUCAUUCUCCUAUGAAUAUUCUGGAUGAAUAUUCAACAGAAUGUGUUAGUCAUUGGGGACAGAUUCCUGCUGCAAGGAAUUCAUUUUCGGGUGGGGGAGACUGGCAUGGAGGCAUUCUCAGGAAAACGAGAUCUGGGUUAGAUUAGACAGGUGAAAUGGGAGCACGCAGGAAGGAUGCUUUGCCUGAGGAUUUCCAGGGAUCCCCAGGCAGGCAGGUGAAUGAAAACAUGGGGCAGCAACUUUGCGUGGCCAAGGGCACAGCAGCAGCUAGGAUGCUGGAGAGCAGAGUGCUUCUAUGCGUUGCACAAUAAAAUGAAACGUGCUUCGUGUAUUCUGGACCGACUCUGGAUCUGGAUAACACCAUAGACGUGAUCUAGACAAAAUCCCCCAUCUUUCACAAGACGAAUCUGUCCUCAGGACUUCACCUGAAGUUUUUUGUUCUGUCGUGAAGGAGACCACCAAGUACCCAUCUUAAACCUACUUUUGAGAAGAGAAUUUGCAGUUGAAAGGAACGCUUAGGAGGCCACAGUCAUGGCAUCGCUUUAGAGGCAGACAAAUUGGUCUUUGACUAUAGCCGAUUGAACCAGAGGCACUUACUGCACAGGGGGAGCGGUAGAGCUGGAGUCCUUUGGUCCACACUCCAUGUGUAGAUAAGGCAUCAAAUGCAGAGUUUCUGUGACUGUCCCGCAGUCACAUAGGUGUUUAACUGUGGCCCUUACGUCUCUCACAUUUGCUUGUUCCCUUGUACUGCCUUCUGGAUGACUGUUGUCCAUUUCCUCCCUCCACUCACUUAUGAUCCUACUAACAUGUAAAUGACAGUUCCCUUGGAAGAGGCUGAUUUUCUCUGUGCUCAUGUGAGUUUUUUAUUCACUCAAGAAACAUUGGGCCAAUGCUUUGUACAUAGCACUGUGCUAGGCUCUGGGAUCCCAAAUGAACCCCUUUUAACUUUCUGAAGAUGCAACAGACCCCUGGAGGAAAGUCAUUCCUGCCUAAUGCAGCAAGAGGGAGAGGCUUGUGGGAAACUUGGCCUCUGUGGCUUGUCCCUGCCCCCAAA